ACAAUUGUUGUUGCAACUUGUGGAUUAAUAAAAACACCGACGCCGCCAUAGUUUGAAAAUAACAAUUAAAAAUCUGUGAAAUAAGGGGAAAUGUUGGAGGCCGGGGGUGAGGCAGAGAUCCUGGCCGGCUGGACAAGUGCGGAUGUUGGCCCCGAAGCAAAGGAAUAUAAUUUACUGCGCGCCGAUGAGGAAUAUCGCAAUGGAAACGUGGAGCACUCUAUAUAUUACCAGGUUAAAGCCCAAUUCCAGUCCACCGAUUUGCGUUACAUUACCGAAGCGGAGGAAAUAGAAAAUCAGCGACCCACAACGGAGGAGCUGAUUAAAUCAGCCUCUAACCAGGAGAAAAAAGACUACAAAAGCAAGAAAUUCAUGCAGAACAUUAUUAAGUAUCUGCAGCAAAUAGAGCAGCAGAAGCAGCCCCAAAAGCCUACCAAAGAAUCCUUAGAGUACCUGGACUUUCUAGAGGGUGUACAAGAUCCCACAGAGGGUCUUAACCGCAUUUCGGAUAUAUGUAACAGACUGCCUGAGGAGUGGUGUGUCCUGCAGCUCUGCAAGAGCUUCAAUCCCGCCACCACCUAUUCCGUGUUCAACGAAAUCAUGGCCAGCGAUGGAGCCAUUUAUCUCAGCUUGCUGCGUCACUGCAGGAGCCCCAUGUAUGGACCAAUCUGCCUGAGGUUUUCCAACGACAACCUGGCCAAUCUCUUUCGACAAUACAGUACAUUGGUGGAGAGAUUCAGGAAAGUGGUCACUGUGGAUCCACUGAAUAUGAAGGGCAAGGAGGCCAAGCAAAAGUAUUGGGAAGAACUAAAUGCCUUCGAUGCUUUUCUGCAAAAACUCCUUGCCGGCUUUCGGGAAAUAAUUUCGCCAUAUGCCUUCCUGUUUUUUGGCAAACGCUAUGACUGCAGUGCGACCCAAAAGCAGGCCAAGAUUAUCUACACCCGCGUGGAUGAUUUUUGUCUGCUUAACCAAUGGAACAAUCAUCAGCGAGUUUUGCUUUCCCAAGCGGCUCUGCACGCCAAUCGACUGACUGCAGCAGAUCUCAAACUCAUCUGCCUCGAGCUCUCGACCAACGAGAGUGAAAUACAAUCGGUGUACGAAAUGCUCAAGGGAUUCGCCAGCGACUGGUCGCAAGUGGAGGAACGCCAGCAGCUGGUGAGCAGGAGAUUUCCCACCAUUCUAGUGGUUGAUGAGCGCCUGGACCACCUCCAUUGGGAACAACUAGUCACAGUUCAGGAGUUUUCGCGCGUCAAAUCGCUGCAUUGCCUCUAUCGUUUGUUCCAGCACCACAAAUCAAAUAUAAAACACGGCUACUACACUACGAGCAUUCAGCAGGGAAUGUGCGUAAUAAAUCCGGAUGCGGAUUUGGUCAAUUCAGGGCGAAGGUUACGCAGUUUCUUUGAGUACUGGCUUUCCCAGUGGCAACAUCUCUUCGAAACUGUGCCCAAUGAGGAGGUGAUGGUAAAAAAGGCUCUGCAAUCCGACUGCUUUGUCUACGCUGGCCAUGGAUCUGGUUUGCAAUACGUAAAUGGACGCGUAAUUUGUCGCGCACGAGUUCGCAGUGUGGUUUUUCUAUUUGGCUGUGAUUCGACCAGAAUGCUGGGCACUGGCUUGUAUAGUGCCUUGUAUGGGGCCCAUGAUUACUACCACGGAGCUCUGUGUCCCUCGAUUGUGGGGACUUUAAUGCCUGCCCUGGAUGGGAACAUGGAUACAGUUUCGGUGACUGUUUUAAGUCUUUGGUUGGCUCCUGGUGAUAAACAAGUGAUGCCUUGGACACACAUUGAUCGAGUGCCUUGGCUCAAAAAUGGCAUCAUAAAAGGAAAGGAGAAGACCACACCCACAAUGGCCGAACAACCAGACUACCAUUUAGGCAGCCUCUGCUCCAUUCUCUCGCUGGUGCAGCAAGGAAAAGUGGAGCCGAAUGUCUACAACUGCUGCAUUUACGUGUGCCGCGGCCUGCCCGCAUGGAAUUUGGCCGUGGAAAAGUUGCCUUUUUAGCUAAUUUUGUGUUUCGUGUCGUGGAGUCGAUCUCCCCUAAGGGCAAAUGUUUAGCAAAAGAAACCAUGUACAAUAAUCUGAUUUAAUUGAACUACUUCAUUCAAGUGGAAAGUGGUGCUCAUAAGAUUGCAUUAAAAGUUAAGUACACUCAGAAUCGUAGGAAUAAACCAGUACAUUGAUAUAUAUUAAGAAAAAAAAUUCUAAUACA